AUGGAAUCUACUUUUUCAGAGGAGUUACUGAGGGUCUACUAUCGGCGACUUUUCCCGUGCAAUCUACUUACACAGUGGCUUACAUAUAAUUCUCGGAGUAGUGGACUUUCUAAAAGAGAAUUUAGCUUCACACUAAACGGUGAUAUCUAUCUUCGAUAUCAGAGUUUUGACUCAUCGGCGGACCUUAGGAAGGAGCUAGUCAAGUUAUGUCCUAUUAAGAUUGAUAUUGGGGCAGUUUACUCAAAUGCUCCGAGGCUUCACCGUUCAAUUCUAUCUUCUUCACUCAAGCCUGAAUGGAAAGAAUUAGUUUUCGAUAUUGAUUUGACUGAUUAUGAUGAAGUUCGUUAUUGUUGUGGUGAACAAAGUACUUCUGGAUCUCCUGUUUGUCUUCGAUGCUGGCCACUUGCUCGUUCUGCAGUCCUCUGUAUCGACCGCGCUUUAAGAGAAGACUUUGGCUUUCAGCAUUUAUUGUGGGUGUAUUCAGGUCGUCGUGGGGUUCAUUGCUGGGUAUGUGAUCGUUCCUCUCGGCAUUUAGAUCAAACUUCGCGUACAGCUAUCGCGGAGUAUUUAACUUUGGUUAGAGGGGGCAACGGUAAGAAGCCAACACUUACUGCUGGUAACUUCUCAAAAUCUUAUGAUUCACAUGCACACGGGAAUAUUGAGCCAAUUUUUCAUCCUUGUGUGGAUGCAGCUUGUGAUAUCUUAAUGCAUCGAUUCACAACCUAUUGCAGUACAGCAAAUGGUCAAAAUUUAUUCGGAAAUAAAAAACGUCUAGAUAAGUUACUGUCAUUUUUACCGGUUGAGUUAAAAGAUCUUCGUGAACGACUUUCAGAUGAGUGGUCUGCCGAUGUUCAAGACAAUAAAGAAGAAGUGUCAACAAAAAGAUGGAACACAUUAAGAAAGUUUUUGAAAGAAAAUGGUCGCGCAAAUGUUUUGAAAGAAAUAGUCUUAAAUUUCACAUACCCUAGACUAGAUGUUAAUGUGUCAACAGGUCUUAACCAUUUACUGAAGAGUCCAUUUUGUGUACAUCCGAAAACUGGUCAUAUAUGUAUACCUUUUAAUCCACAAGAAGUUGAUAAACUUGAUCCAUUUAAUGUACCAACAUUAAAUGAACUUGUGGAACAGCUUUCUUCUGUAACAAAUGAUGAACAUGAUUGUAGUAAUAAUGAUGAAAAUAUUUCAUCCAAUGAUAAACAUUUAUUAUCAUUUAAGAAUACUUCUUUAAGGUCUUCAAUUGAGUAUUUUGAGACUUUCAUAAAACAUGUUUUAAAAGCAGAAAAUUCAUGUAUGAAUGUUGAUCAAGUUGAAGGUAAUCCAGAUUCAUUUAAACCUAUCCCUGCAUUUUAA